AUGUCGUCGUCCAUAGAGGAGACCAAAAAGUUGAAUAAACAGCUGAGCAAGACAGUUUUAGACUCCAAAAAUGAGGAUACACUUGUUGUACUGAAGCAACUAAAAUUGAUCGUGGAGCCCACAGAAGAAAAUAUUCGCGCGACAAAAAUUGGCGUUGCUGUCGGAAAAUUGCGUACACACUCUGAUACACGUAUUGCAGACUUGUCAAAGGAGCUCGUAAAGUCGUGGAAGCAGCAGGUGGAGAAACAGCGUCGUGAUGGCAGUUCCAAAGAGAAGUCCAAAAAGGAAGAGCCUGCACAAUCAAAACGGCAAGCCGCGGACGUAGCACAAAGUGUGUCCGACACGCCAGUGGACAUUGACUUGGAAAUUUUGCAUGACAAGACGCGAAAUGCGUGCUUGAAACUCUUAUACUCGAGUUUGGAGCUCCAAUCCAAUGUCGACACGCAGCAAAUAUACAGUUGCGCUAUGAGCAUUGAGAAGGCCGCUUUUGAAAAAAUUGGAUCUAGUAUCGUCAACGGUGACUAUCGGUCCAAGGUGCGCAGCUUAAGCCUCAACUUGAAAGACAAAAACAACCCAGAACUACGCCAGCAGGUCUUGAAUGGGAAUAUAACCGCGAACGAUUUGGUUGUAAUGCGCUCAGAGGAUAUGGCAUCCAGUGCGCGGAAAGCUGAGAUGGAAAGCAUCCAGCAGCAAAAUUUACACAAUGCGAAAGGUGCUGAGGCACAAGAGGCGGAGACGGACGCGUUCCAAUGCGGCAAAUGCAAACAGCGCAAGACGCGCUACUACCAAAUGCAGACACGCAGUGCAGACGAGCCGAUCCCAAACAUUUUUUUUACCAUCGACUCUUCCGGCUGCGUUGCGAUGGCUCGCGACUUUCGCCCCAAACACAAAGGCGUCGCCAAUCUGGCCAGGAAGAAGCAGUAUACAAGAAACCAAAAAGAGAAUAUUGACUCUGACGACCAACAUAUUCCUGAUCAUGUUUUAUUACGAGAAGUGGAAGCGCUGGGCGGCUCAGUCGAUGAUGUCGCUUUGAUGCAAGGAAAAAGCAGUGGCACGGCACCCAAGCUUAGUGACGCACAGCUUUCCUCAGAAUUAGUCGCAUUUAUGGAGCAGGAAAAGAUUUUAACCAAAGACAAAGCUGCACCUCAACCGGACGUCAAGCGGCCAAAGAGCGAAGCGCCAGGGCAGGCAAAAACGGAAUCUGCUCCGAAGAAGCCGCAUAAGUCGUUCAAGGAGAAGCGCACCGAAUCAAAUUCUGUGAAAGAAGCAAAGCAGAAACCGCAGCAGAAGCCGGCGCGUGCAGCACAGUCAGAGCAAAGCUCAAAACACAAAGUUUUUGACGGCGCGACGGCGCGAACUGUCCCCAGUGGCUCUUUGCAUCUUGCUAUUGAGCCAAGUUCGGACUGGGUCAAAAUUCCUGCACCUGUAUUGGACGUUCCAACAAAAAAGAUUCCUAAGUUGGUGUCGGAUGCCGCGGUCGAUGCCCUUCAUUCGCUCGGAAACCGGGUGCUGCAGGAAGAAAACGACAUAUAUACCCGACUCAGCAACGGCGAGGGCGGCAAAAAUAUCAGACUGGGCUCGCUUGGGUUUUCUGACUUGCAGUUUGCGCGAACGCUGCUUGUGUCGAACAAGGCGAGCACACUUUCCGACAGGAUUUCUGCCGUCACUUUACUUUUGCAAAGCAGUCCGUUGCAUAACCUUAAGGCACUCGAGACGCUCAUGGCGAUGGCAGGAAAACCAAAUCGUGAAGAAGCGAAUCGCGCCACGCGUUCGCUAGCGGAUUGGCUUGCUGUUGGCGGGGGGCUCGGCGCAAACAAACUGUGCUACUUCCGCGAUCAGCCCGACUUGCCGCGCGCUGCCGCAGCCUUGGGCGACCCGUCCGAGUCACUGCAUAUAUGUACUUGUUUGUGGGCAUUUGAGGACCUCAUGAAAAAGACGUACUUUGCGUUUGUACAGAUUUUGGAGCGUCAGUCGCACGAUACGCUGCUUUUCAUGCGCCGCCAAGCAGUCACGCAAAUCUUUACGCUAUUGCGAGACAAGCCUGAGCAAGAGCACAAUUUGCUGCGUUUGCUUACCAAUAAGCUAGGUGACCCUGAUCGAAGCGUUGCGUCCAAGGCGAGCACAUUUCUCAUGGAGCUUUUGCAGGUGCAUCCAGCCAUGAAACCAAUAGUACUACACGAAGUGAGCGAGACGGUGCUUAAGUCACAGCACGUAAAGCCCCGUGGAAAUGCGUCCCAGGCAGAGGGUGAAGUGGCCAAAGGCAACCAACAUGCCACCUAUUACGGCGUCCUGACCCUGAAUCAAACCCUGUUUACCAAACAGGAUGCUGACCUGGCGAACCAUGUUUUUUCUGUUUACUUUCAGCUUUUGGAUGUGUGUUUAGCACAGGGCGAGGAAGAAGAGAAACGCGAUGCGAAAGUUGCGGAUGCCAAGCCAGCGCCUGAAAAAAAGCGCUGGCGAAACCAGAAUUCAUCGCAGCAGACCGGUCGUGACAAGGUGAGCAAGGCUGCAACAGAUGUGGAUGCCAAGCUUCUUGCCGCGAUCAUCGCUGGAAUUCGACGCGUUUUCCCAUUUACCACGAUGAGCACGGCUUCGCUUGACAAGCACUUGGAGGCACUUUUCCGUAUUACGCACACGCACUCGUUCAACAUUGCAGUGCAGGCUCUUCAGCUCAUUUUCCAAGUUGCGAUCGGCACUUCGAGUGAUUCAGAGGGACCGACAUUUUCGUCGCAAAUUACUGACCGAUACUUUCGUACGCUGUACGAGUCGUUGUUUGACUCGCGCCUCUCAACCACGAACAAGCUACCAAUGUAUUUGAACCUCGUAUACAAGUCGCUGAAAGUGGAUGUGGACCUUGAGCGUGUCAAGGCGUUCGUAAAACGGUUGUGCCAAGUGUUAGACAUGCAAGAGCCUCCAUUUAUUGUCGGCGCUUUGGUUCUCUUGGGCGAACUAUUUUCCGUCGUCCCUAGUCUGCGGUCCAUGAUCACAGAGCCAGAAGAGGAAGGAUUCGAGCACUUUGUCGAUGUGGCCGAAGAAGGUGAGCAGAGUGCAAGGCUCAAGCGUGCUGAGACUAUUACAUACGAUGGGAGGAAACGCGAUCCACGUUUUGCACGCGCCGGUAAUACUGCUUUGUGGGACAUCUUGCCGUUGGUUAACCAUUUCCAUCCCUCCGUGAGCCUCAAUGCGAAGCAGCUCAUUGACGGCAAAAAAGUCACGUCCAACCCUGAUUUGACGCUCAACACUUUGAUGCACUUUUUGGACCGUUUUGUAUUCCGCAAUCCAAAGAAGCAGAGUGGGCUGAAAGGUUCGAGUAUUAUGCAACCCGCGCUUGGUGGCGACUUGGAUAACGACAACGUUUUGCGCCGCAUGAAUGCGCCGUUAAACUAUGUCAACAAUGCUGAGUUUUGGUCUAAGACGCCCGAGCAAGUUCCUGUGGACCAGCAGUUUUUCUUGCAGUAUUUCCAGUCAAAGUUGAAACGCGCAGGGAAACCGUUUGCACAGACAGCCAAAGAGGAAGAAAUUUUGUCAGACGAUGAGAAAGAGGAUGAUGGUGGGAGUGUGGAUUUCAGUACGGAUGAUGAAGACGAAAAAGAGAUUUGGAAAGCUAUGAAGAGCUCUUUGAAGCGUGAAGGGAACACUGAGGACAUCGAAGACGACGACGAAGACGAAGACGAAGACGAAGAUGACGAUGACGAUGAUGUUUUGGACACGCUUGCAAAUGACGAGAGCGAUGACGACGUCGACGUCGACGACGGCGACGAUGCCGGUGAUUCCGAUAGUGCCAUCGAUGAAGACGAAAACGAUGCCGGCAUGUUUAUGGAAGAUGAGGAAGAUCUCAUUCCAUUUACGCAAUUCGACACGGAAGCAGAGCAAGAGCCUGUACAGGUUGCUGGCCAGAAGCGUGCUGCAGAUGAGAGCGAUGCGCCCAAGUCCAAGAACCAAGCUCGUGCUGAACAACGCCGUAAGCGUCGUACGAUGCCAUCCUUUGCUAGUGCAGAAGACUAUGCACACAUGCUCGACUCGGACGACGAUGGUGACAUUUAG